AUCCGCGGCCCGGCGGUAGUGGGAAGGCUGGGCGCGGCGCUAUCCCCUCAGCCCCGGGCUCCAGCUGGUCGCUCGCGCCUCUGCUGGCCGGCUCCGCACCUGCUUCCUGCUCCCAGCCCGGGAACCCCCCAGCGGGCCGGCUCCCAGAACCCGCGGGGUAUAACUGGCAGACCUCGCCCCUCUGCGUGAUCCGUUCACUGAGAGCCCUGUCUUUCCCCCGAGCCCAAGUCCCCCGCUUCCUCCAGCUGGGAGCCGCAGACAGCGCCAUGGAGAAGAGCAGCGAGACCGAUGGCUACCUAGACAGCGUCCGAGCGGGGCCUGCGGCGGGGCCUGGCGCGUCUGGGACGGCUGCGGGACGCGCACGGCGUUGCACCGGCUUCUUGCGGCGACACGCGCUGGUGCUGCUCACGGUGUCUGGGGUGCUGGCCGGCGCCGGCCUGGGCGCGGCGCUGCGCGGGCUCGGGCUAAACCGCACGCAGGUCACCUACUUGGCCUUCCCGGGCGAGAUGCUACUCCGCAUGCUGCGCAUGAUCAUCCUACCGCUGGUGGUCUGCAGCCUGGUGUCGGGCGCCGCCUCCCUCGAUGCCAGCUCUCUUGGGCGCCUGGGCGGCAUCGCCAUCGCCUACUUCGGCCUCACCACGCUAGGCGCCUCUGCGCUUGCCGUCGCUUUGGCAUUCAUCAUCAAGCCUGGGUCUGGCGCACAGACCCUUCAGUCCAGCGACCUGGGGCUGGAGGAUUUGGGGCCCGCUCCGGUUCCCAAAGAGACAGUGGACUCUUUCCUCGACCUGGCCAGAAACCUGUUUCCCUCCAAUCUUGUGGUUGCGGCUUUCCGUACGUAUGCAACUGAUUAUAAAGAGUUGACCCACAACACAAGCUCUGGAAAUGUAACCCAUGAAAAGAUCCCCAUUGGCACUGAGAUCGAAGGGAUGAACAUUUUAGGAUUGGUCCUUUUUGCCCUGGUGCUAGGAGUGGCCCUAAAGAAACUUGGCUCUGAAGGAGAAGAACUCAUCCGUUUCUUCAAUUCCUUCAAUGAAGCAACAAUGGUGCUGGUGUCCUGGAUUAUGUGGUAUGUGCCCGUGGGCAUCAUGUUCCUGGUUGGGAGCAAGAUUGUGGAAAUGAAGGACAUCAUUGGGCUCGUGACCAGCCUUGGGAAAUAUAUCUUCACGUCUAUAUUGGGCCAUUUUAUUCAUGGAGGAAUUGUUCUGCCACUUACUUAUUUUGUUUUCACACGAAAAAACCCAUUCAGGUUCCUUGUGGGCCUCCUCACACCAUUUGCAACAGCAUUUGCCACCUGCUCCAGCUCAGCAACCCUUCCCUCUAUGAUUAAGUGCAUUGAAGAAAACAAUGGUGUAGACAAGAGGAUCAGCAGGUUCAUUCUCCCCAUUGGGGCCACUGUGAACAUGGACGGAGCAGCCAUCUUCCAGUGCGUGGCUGCGGUGUUCAUUGCCCAGCUCAACAACAUCGAGCUGAGAGCAGGACAGAUUUUCACGAUUCUAGUGACAGCCACGGCGUCCAGUGUUGGGGCAGCAGGUGUACCAGCUGGAGGGGUCCUCACCAUCGCCAUUAUCCUGGAGGCCAUUGGGCUGCCCACGCGGGACCUCUCUCUAAUCCUGGCUGUGGACUGGAUUGUGGACCGCACCACCACCGUGGUGAAUGUGGAAGGGGACGCCCUGGGUGCGGGCAUCCUCCACUACUUGAAUCAGAAGGCGGUGAAGAAGGGGGAGCAGGAGCUGAGCGAGGUGAAAGUGGAAGCCAUCCCCAACUCCAAGUCAGUGGAGGAGACCUCGCCGCUGGUGACACACCAGAACCCCACUGGCCCUGUGGCCAGCACCACAGAACUGGAAUCCAAGGAAUCAGUCCUGUGAAGGUGCUGGACUUCGGGCUCACCUGCCAGCCGUGGUGUCCCACCCUGUCAGUCACCACCAGACCCUGGGCGCCGCCCUCAGCCUCCCAAGCAGCGCUUUGGCCCAGUCACCGGUGUGAGGGGUACUUUUCGGCACAGGUGUUGGGUUUCCCAGUGGGAACUGGUUACCAAGGACCAAAACACUGACAUUUGGCUUGAUCCACAGCCAAGUGCAACAACUGUGUGUGCACUGGGCUCUGUUUGGAAACAUACCCUAGAGCUGCCAGGCUCAGGGGAGUAACAGGCUCACAGAGACCUGGUGGCUAAAGCUCGGAAAAAUGCAGAUGUUCUCGCUGCA